ACUGCUUUGGAUCAGUGGCUGUGUUAACUGUUUGAAAUCUGUGUUAGUAUUUUUGUAACUUGCAUGGAAUUUACUUCCUGAUUACACACCUAGUCUACUUUUUAUUAAAAAAAACAUGGAACAUUCUUGAAAUUCCCCCACAUAGGAGAAUGGCGCAACUCAAACGUUUUACUACGUUUGGUGACCGUGCUGCUACCUCUGUGUUUGAGGACAAGAAUGAGUUCGUGAGGUACGGAGCCCUGGGGGCAAGGCCAGCCUCCACUGACUACGACGUGUCACCGCAAAAAGACCGGCAAUCAGCGCGAGAUUCCCAGAACGAGGUUACCGCCGUCAGUGUGGAGGACGAGUCUCCUUCCCAAGGUCACACUCAAGGUCACACCGAGACUCCGGAGCCCGUGUACAGUAAAGUUGUUCCCCGGAGAGACAGGGAGAGACAGGCAGACAUGUCGCACAGUAACGAGGCGUUCGUCUUGGAAGAAGUAGUUCUGGUCUCCAACGAGUCUCUUCCGUCCUCCCCGAGUAAUGGAUCGUCAUACAGCGGUUAUUCCAGGGUGCACGAAACCUCGCAAAAGCCAACUAGUCCCCGACUGUCCCUCCGGAGCUCUGUUCUUAUCCUGCUCUCUAUGGUGGCCAUAGUCAUCAGCGUCACAUUCAUCUGGUAUUUCAAUGAGGACCAGAAAGACAUUCCAGAACUAUCAACUGUGACGUUUGUAUUUCCAAGAACAUCAUCCCAGCCAUAUAUAUCUACGCAAUCCCCGGUGAAUACAAUAACAUCAUCAGCAACAACUUCCCUUACCGACCAAUCAUCUGUCACAACGCAGUCAAGUAACUCCACUGCUUCGUCUACGAUACAACACACAAACACGACAAGUACAUUCAUUCCUAUGAAUACCACAGAAGAUACUAAUAACACUAUCGAAUCAACCACAGAAUCGUUGACAACAUCUUCGACUGCCAAAUCUACAAACCAAUCAGAACCAACAGCUUCUACAACAAAUGAUCAAAACACAACACAGCCAAUAACUCCAAUCAAUGUCACGGCUUCAGUAACAACAUCACCAGCAGAGCAGUCGACAACACAACCACAUGAAGAAACAACAGAAACGUUGAAUUCAACAGGAACCCCGACAAUCCAAGCAACCACGAACACCACUCCUACAGUGGACAUGUCAGCUACUAAUAGAACAACAGAUACUGAAUUAACAACCAUGACAAGAGGUUCACCCACAAUAGCGACAGAUUCGACCAAUGCAACAACAUAUUCACCAACAACAACGACAACUACAACAACAAUUCUAAAUACAGCAAUAACAACGACAGAUUCAAAUGCAACAACAACAACAAAGAAAACUAUUGAAUCAUCUACAAAAACUACAAUAACACCAACAACUACCACUACACUUAUAACAACUGAACCAACUACAACAACAUCUACAACAAAACCAACAACUACCACAACACUUAAACCUUCAGAACCAGUUACAACAACAGAGCAGGCAACAACAACUACAGCAACACCUACAACCACUACAACAGAACCAACUACAACAGUGACAGAACCACCUACAUCAGAACCACUUACAACAAUACUGACAACAUUAGAACUAACAACAACCGAACAAAGAAUAGAACAAACUACAACAACACCAACAACAACGAGAGAACCAACUACAACAACGACAACAACAACGACGACAGAACCAACUACAACAACGAAAAUAGCAACGACAGAACCAACUACAUCUACGACAGAACCAACUACAUCUACGACAGAACCAACUACAACAAUGAAAAUAACAACGACAGAACGAACAACAACAACGACACAACCAAAGACAACAACGAAAAUAACAACCACAGAACGAACAACAACGACACAACCAACUACCACAACAACACAACCAACGACAACAACGACACAACCAACGACAACAACGACACAACCAACGACAACAACGACACAACCAACGACAACAACAACACAACCAACGACAACAACGACACAACCAACGACAACAACGACACAGCCAACGACAACAACGACACUCCAACUUGUGCUUAACCUCUGAAUCUAUGCCUUUCCAUCUACUUUUUUCUUCGUUUAUAGUAAUCUUUUUUAUGAAUUUUUUUUCUCUUUUUUUCCUACUGAAUCAAGCAAUAUGGUUUAUUUUGGAAUCUACGUAAACUAAAACUACAUAAAAGCUGAUUCACAAAAAGUCUUAUAUAUCAUCGGUUAUAAAUAAUAACAAAGGUUACAGUAAAACACGCUUGUAGUGAACACGUUAUGAAGAAUUGACGCUUACAUUGAACUGAUUUUCAUUGCCUGUAGGUUAUUGACGUAUUGUGACGCGAAUAAAUAUAACGAAUAACGUUUUUAACGAAGCAAAAUCCCCCGUCCCUGGCACUUCGUUAUAAGCGUGUUUUACUGUACAGAGUGUGCGUUAAUUACACAACAUUGUUACGUCCGUCCGUCCUGAUCCAAUGUUGCCGAUGUAAGGUUUUGUGGCAGCAAAUCGAUUACGUGAAAUCCAUUUGAGUCGAAUUACACAUUUCUAGAUUACUGUAACACGAUUUUUUGUUAGGUUUUCUUUUUUCUUAUUGUUCGUGUUCAGUUAAUAUUUAAAAUUAUGCCCUGAUCCAAUACAUAUUUUACCAUUUGCCUCGCAUUUGCUUUGCUUGCUGUUUAUACAUGUACGUUAUGCCUUUUUCACUUAACAACUUAAAUAAUUCAUAUUCAGUUUCCGAACAAAGAUGGAUUAAUGUGUUCAAAUGUAUAAUUAAAAACGGUUAGGUUAGGUUCAUGUUUUACGUGACUUUGUGAGCCAUUUGUAUUGUUAAUCUCAUCUUAGUAAUGUCACAGUUGCGUUUGAGAAAACAAGAUUUUCUCGAAUGAUAGAUCAAAUUAUAUUUAUACGAUUAUAUACCGAUAUAUACCAAUAAAACAAUUCAAGCAAAAGCAUACUGUAACGAUUAUCAUUGUUUGU